AGGUACACCUUAACAUUUGCCCAAGCUUCCUCUGUGUGUUGAGCCACCAGUUAAAUCCCCUUCUCCUACGUUGAAGACUCUUCUCUUCACGUUCUGAAACAGAAAAAUGGCUGCCCAUCUUUUGUUCUUACUCUAUCGACACCACCCCAUCAUCACCAUCUUCCUUGUCCUAAUCCUUGCAUCAACAUCUUGUGGUGAGGUUGAUAAUAAAGAUUACAGAGACUGCGAAAAGCAUUUUAAUUGUGGAGUCUUAUCAAACCUUUCUUAUCCUUUCUGGGGAGGUGAUCGACCUGAAGUUUGUGGACAUAAAGGGUUCGAGCUCAAGUGUGAAGAAGGUCAGCUCCCUAUAAUACCGAGUGACACACUAGAAUUCCGCCUAUUUCGUUUAGAUCAAUCUUCCAGGUUGAUGACUCUGCAGCUAGUGAAUUCCCAAUAUUACAUUUGUCCUUCUCAAACUUUAACCAAUUCAAGUACUAAGAGUGACAUCCAUGUCUUCGGCUAUGACCUCAACCUUAAAAACCUGAACUUACUUUACAACUGCACGGUCCCGAGCUCGACGCUGGAGCAAAAUAGAAUUUCGAGGUCGUAUUGUAGUGAAUAUAGUGGCAGAUCAUUCUAUGGAAGUGAUGAUAUCUUGGAGAGCAGUAGUGGGCUAGACCAAACGCAAUGUAGCAUAAGGUUCAAAAUCCCCAUUCCAGCUGAGUCUUUUCGUCGACUAACGGGUGACAAACCAGAAUUGGAGCAAGUUUUAAGAGAAGAGUUUAACGUGUCGUACAAGUAUGAUCAAGGUCCUUCAAUUUGCGAUGGAUGCAUGGCUUCGAAAGGAAUAUGUGGAACCAACUUGACUGAUCCCAAUAGAGAGUUCUUGUGCCUUUGCCGUGACCACCCUUAUCCUUUUGUGUGCAAAGGUCAUAAUCUGAAAGACAGACGACGGAUGGCUUCUAUUGGAACUAAUGGUGUCAAGAAAGUGGGUGGGAAGCUAGGUGAUAUUCUGAAAGACAAACGACUUCGGAUUGCUGCUAUUGGUAUUGCCUCUGGAUCAGCAGGAAUUUUAAUCAUCCGUAUAAUUCUUUGUGCCAGAAGGAAGGCCUCGUCAAGUUCUCCACAGGUUUUUUUAAAGAAGACACAUGAUCAAGAUCUUAAGGAUUUGAUAAGACAUCAUGUGCCUCCACCUCUGAAAGAAUACAGUUUUUCGGAUGUCGAGAAAAUGACCAAUUUUUUCAAUGAUAAACUUGGUAAAGGAGGUUAUGGAACUGUAUACAAAGGAAGGCUAACGGAUAGCCAUUUGGUGGCAGUGAAGGUCCUGGUAGCUUCAGAAGGGAAUGGGGAAGAAUACGUCAAUGAGGUAGCAAGCAUUAGUAGAACUUCCCAUGUUAAUGUUGUCACUCUGAUAGGAUUUUGUUUGGAACGUGACAAAAGAUUUCUCAUCUUCGACUUCAUGCCCAACGGAUCCUUAGAGAAGUUCAUAAAUCAUGAAAAUGCCUUCGAAGCCAGUCAACAACUAGGAUGGGAAAAAUUGUACCAAAUUGUAAUCGGCGUUGCUCGAGGGCUUGAGUAUUUGCAUCGAGGGUGCAAUACAAGGAUUGUGCAUUUUGACAUCAAACCUCAUAACAUUCUUCUCGACGCAGAUUUUUGCCCUAAGAUAUCUGAUUUUGGACUUGCGAAGUCAUGCACUGGGAAGGAGAGCAAUGUAUCGUUAUUGGAGGCAAGAGGAACCAUUGGAUAUAUAGCGCCAGAAGUGUUCAGUAGAAACUUUGGGCGAGUUUCAUACAAGUCCGAUGUCUAUAGUUAUGGAAUGAUGGUUCUGGAAAUGGUUGGAGGCAAAAAGAAUCAUGAAGCUGAAAUCAGUUCUGGUAGCGAAAAAUAUUUUCCGGAAUGGAUUUAUAAGCAUCUUGAGGUAGAUGAUGAAUCUGGAAUUAAUGGGGUGCCAACUUCAGAACAAGCUGACAGUGUGAGGAAAAUAAUAAUAGUUGGCUUGUGGUGCAUCCAGACAAAUCCAGCUGAUAGACCAUCCAUGAGUAAAGUGUUAGAAAUGUUAGAAGGACCUAUUGGAGCAUUGAAUAUUCCACCAAGGCCUUUCCUGUCUUCUCCUCCAAGGUUAAUUCCAUAUUCAACAACAACAUCAUUAACAUGAAAUUGUAUCACUAUAGUGUAAAAAGAAUGGUCUGUGUCUCAUGAAUUAAUAGAGUGGAUCUAUGUGAUUCUGUGAUCUAUCCACAAGAAUAAGGAUAGAUUCUGCUUUAAUUAUACAUUUUAUGGACAGAUUUACAGCCACAUGAGUAAUGUCUAAAAUCGCUUAGCUAUAUGUUUGAUAUAUAGAGCUAGACAUGGGACUUACUACCAAGUCAAGAAUUUUAUUGUCGCUUUAAGCGUAUUGAUAUCAAAUGGUUUCCUAAAUUUUCUUAUUUGCC